UUUAUCUAACAAAAUGGGAUGAUAAAAUAUUUCAUAUAUAUACAUGUAUGUUAAAAGACAACGUAUCAAAAGCCAAUGUGCUAGUCGAUGAUGACGAUGGUAUUUGCAAUCAUUCUUACGUUCACCGUUUUGUACCAUUUUUCCAUUGGAGAAUGUUUUCGCUUACGGCAUCCACAUUUGACAAACGUAACUCAGUCUUUUGAACAUGCACUGAAUGAAACGACGUUCGUCACAACUCUGCCUCUAUUUAAUGAGACGACUACUUUGACGAAUUUCACAUAUACAUUGUCCACUAGCGCAAGCAACUCGAGCGAAUUGUUCAGCGAUUUAUCGCAAGAUGCACAACAAUCCCGACAAGUGGACUGCUUCGGAAUGGGAAAGACAGUCGCGGCGACUCUGGAGUGGUUCUUUAGAAGUAAACCUAAUGGGAGUGACGCCUUGGACGUGCAAUUUCUUCUGUCCUCUAGAAAACAACCUCGCCGCGUACAAGUAGUGCUUGGCGAACAGUUCGGUUUAGAAUGGACAGAUUUUAAAAUAGAACGCAGGACGGUGGUCAUAGUACAUGGUUUUCUGUCUCAUGGCCAAGAAACAUGGAUUAGGGACAUGGAAAAGGCAUUACUCGAAUGGGGUGAUGUUAACGUGGUGAUAAUAGAUUGGAGUGCCGGCGGUAAUACGUGGAAUUAUUACAAAGCAGCGGUUAAUACCAGAAUAGUCGGAUAUCAAUUAUCAAAAUUUAUAGAACACGUAACGAACGCUACAAUCGCGCAACCGGGCGUAAAUAAUUGGGGUCCUUUACAUCUGGUAGGACAUAGUCUUGGUGCUCACAUUUGUGGAUUUGCUGCAAGAGAGCUGAAAAAAAGGCAGAAUAGAUGGAUUGUGCAGAGAAUCACCGGUCUGGAUCCGGCGCAGCCAUGUUUUCGCAAGGCUGAUACAUCUGUUCAUUUACAUAAAAAUGACGCACCAUUUGUCGACGUAAUACAUACAAACGGCAAAUUACUCACAAGUCUGGGACUUGGCUUACCCGAAGCUAUAGGUCAUGUUGAUUUUUAUCCGAACGGCGGUAAAACGCAACCUGGCUGUGUACGAACGUCAUAUUUCGAUUACUUACCGAUUCCUACGGCUGCGAUACAACGAGCGAUAUGCAGUCACGGACGUUCUUACGUCUAUCUCACAGAAUCUUUAACGUCUGCUAUUGCGCGCAAUUGCAGUUUCUGGGCACACCAAUGGAAUUUGACAUAUAGGCAUUUUUUACAAAUAAUUGCGGAACCAUGUGAUGAAAACACUUGCUCGGAAAUGGGCAUUAGAGCAGAAAUGUACAAACAGCGUGGAAAUUUUUUCGUGGCUACAGCCAGUACCAGUCCGUUCUGUGCCAAUAGCACCGAUGUCAUAGAAGAGAUAAAAAAGCAAUUGCAACAGGAUUACUUUGGCCAUACGGAGGAUUAACAAAUUGCACACUGCAAUGAACAACUUUUUUGUAAAUAAAUUAAUUAUAUCAGUACUGGUAGA